AUGCCAGCUGAACCAGAGACAGCGGGAAAGGGUGAUCAGAAUGAUGGACAAAGUUCUCAGUCUGUAGAAGCAGCAACUGAACAGGUGGCACGAUUGGCGGUAGCAGCUUUUGACGACGAAGAAGAAGAGGAGGAGGAUAAUCUAGCUAAUCUUCCGAAAAACGUGCUGUUGCGUGUGGACGCAUUGCGCAAACUGCAGGAGGCUCAGGCGGAAGUAGAGGAGGAAUUUGAAAAGGAACGAAAGGCUCUGGAACUCAAGUAUGAAAAGCUGUAUCAACCCUUCUACCAACAGCGUGCUGAGAUUGUGUCUGGUGCCAAAGAAGUGGAGGCUGUCACGGCUGCAGCUGCUGAGCUUGAGCAGGUUGAGGACGAGGAGAAUGUGAAGGGAGUGCCUGGAUUUUGGCUUCGUGCCUUCAUGAAUCACUCAGCACUGGCUGAGCUCAUCCAGGAGCGCGACCUGCCCACGUUUGAGUACCUUAUGGAUGUACGCUCAGUCAGCCACGAGGAGAACAACGGCUUCAAGCUCACGUUUGAAUUUGCAGAGAAUCCCUUUUUUUCCAACAAAACGCUGAUCAAGGAGUACGAUGUUGGUGAUGUCUCAGAGCUGGGUGAGGCUGUGCUGCGCAAUAUAAAAGGUACCGUCAUUGAGUGGAAGGAGGGAAAGAAUUUGUGCGAGGUUACCAAGAAGGUCAAGCAACGCGCAAAAGGUGGCAAGGGGGCGUCACGUGUGGUAAGCCGCACUGAGCCCUGCGAAAGCUUUUUCCAGUUUUUCACCCCGGUUGAGAUGCCGUCGGAGGAGGACGACGAAGAUAGCGAAAUGAUUAUACGGCAAAUGAGCGGUGACUUUGAGAUUGGCUUUACAAUUCACGAAUCUAUUAUCCCACAGGCCCUACUUUGGUUUACUGGUGAAGCCGUGGAGGAUGACGACUCGGACUAUUACCCAGAGGAAGACGAGGACUAUGAAGAGGAGUCGCUGUCUGGCGACGAAGCUCCAAAACCUCGUCGGGGAAAGAAAAAGUUUCCUGCUUUGGAGAGCGGUGCUAACUCGACAGAAAAGCCGCCGGAGUGCAAUAAUCAGUGA